CAACCAGACGCAACAACCUCGGGUUUCCUCUGGAACCAAUAAUCAGCCCCUCCUUCUUUUCCUGCCCGGAUUGUGUCAUUCUCCUUGUUGUUUAUCUUUGUUUUUCUUUAUGAAGAAUGGGCUGCGCGAUUUCAGGUCUGGCAGCAAAAGCGGAGUUCGGGGAGAGGAGCCCAGAGGUGGAGGAGGAGGAUGCUGCUGCUGCGCGUCCGCAUCUCAGCGAGCGUCACAUCCAGAUGAUCAAGGAGUCGUGGAAAGUUAUCCGGGACGACAUAGCCAAAGUUGGGAUCAUCAUGUUCGUCAGGUUGUUUGAGACCCAUCCCGAGUGCAAGGACGUCUUCUUCCUGUUCCGAGAUGUGGAGGAUCUGGAGAGGCUGCGGACCAGCCGGGAGCUGAGGGCGCACGGCCUACGGGUGAUGUCGUUCAUCGAGAAAAGCGUGGCGAGACUGGACCAGCCGGAGCGACUGGAGGCUCUGGCUCUGGAGCUGGGGAAAAGCCAUUAUCACUACAACGCCCCUCCCAAGUACUACAGCUACGUCGGAGCAGAAUUCAUCUGCGCCGUGCAGCCCAUCCUGAAGGACAGGUGGACAGUCGAGCUCGAGGAGGCGUGGAAGACCAUGUUCCAGUAUGUGACCAGUCUGAUGAAGCAGGGCUACCAGGAGGAGAGCAGCCGGCAGCGCCAGCUCACACUCUCCCCGCGGGACAGACCGGAGAGGAGCAACACAGCGCUAUGAGCUUCUUCUUCUGCUUCCCUCAACGGCUCAGCACAGCACAGAAAUGUUUCUCUGUACAUACUGUAUUUACUGUCUCGUUUUCUAAGUCGCUCAUGUUUACCGCAGUCACCGUUUGCUGUUCGAUCAAAAAAACAAUAAUCACACGUUGAGUUUUAACAAUGCACUUUAUUUCUGAAAAACGCAACUUCUGCUGCGGUCCUCUUCCAUGAGACCUGGACUCGGGAGCAGGGCGAGGCCACAGAGUGUCAUGGCUGCGGCUCAACCUGCAUUGUUAAUUGUGAUGAACUGAAAUUAUUAUUAGAUUUACAGCCAGUACUGUGUCUCUGUAUUCAUAAAUCAAAAAGGACUUUCAGUAAACCUACAACUUUGUUUUUUUUUUAC